UGGUCUGGCCGCUGCACCUGCCACUGCGCUAGCGGCGACCCCGCUUCCCGCCAGCCAUGGCCAACUCGCACCCGCGUCGUGGCUCCAGACAGCCAGCGAAGGAGGAAGGCCCGGAGGAAAAGGAGGAGGAAGAAGAGUUGUCGGUGGAGGAAGAGGAAGCGGAGGAGAAGACAGGGGACGCGGAGAAGACGCAGGUCCCGGGGACUUUCAGCGAAGAGUACUUCUGGAAGAGUUUGGACAUCGGUGACAUCAAUGAUGAAAACUCAAAGACCUUUCUUGCCCGAUUAACCAGUGUCUCCAGCCCCAGUCUGAGCCCGACCCGGACGACGUUCAGCCAGACGUCGAGCCUGUCUUGCAGGGAGACACCUAACUUGAGCUCACACUCGAGCGUCUCCUCCCAGAAAAGUUUUCCUAAAAUAUUUCAGACAUUUAGGAAAGACAUAUCUGAAGUAAAUUUAGAUAGGACCACGUAUCAUGGUUUACAUCCCGGAAUCCCAAGGUCAGUACAAACAGAAGAAAGCUGGCUUCAAGAAUUAUCUGGCAAAAGAGAGAAGCCAAGGAAGAAAACAUCCUCUAGAAUUAAGGAAACUGAACAUGAAAAUCUGGCUUCUAAGCUAAGAGAAAAAUGGGUAAUUGAUCCAGAAGAGCAAAAAAUGAAUGUUUUAUGUGAGCUGGAGUUUAAAGAAGACUUCAUGACACUGUUUGAGCCAGUUCUGAAAACGCUGCCUAGCAUUGGGCCACCCUCCAUUCUGAAAUUCAAACGAGAGAGAUCCAACAUAGGCCUUAACUUCAAGGAAGAAGAGGAGGAGAUAGCGCCCACAUGUGAAUUCUGUGGAAGCGAUCUAAAAUCAUUUCUUUCCACUAUGGAUGUUUACUGUGAUGAUGCUAGCUCUCAACCAAUAGAAGAUGUCUCCUGUUGCAGUUAUUUUCAAAAUCUGAUUAACUACAUUUUUCAGGAAAAACAAAAAGCCCAAAGCUCUGAAGCUGAAUUAAUCUGUAUUGACCCUCAUGUAGCCCAUUGCAAUGAGGUUGAUAGACUCAAAGCAAAGGAAAAAUCCCUGAGGAGAAAACAGGAGCUACAAGUGGCCAGACAAUUUGCACUAAUAACAAAUGAACAGAGUGAUUUAUCUGAAGAGAGUGAGUUACUCAAUGCUGAUGUUAUAGAGCCAAAGCAGUUAAAAACAAUAUCUUAUCAACUUUCUGUGGAUAUUCCAAAAAAGGAGAUAUCUGAUGACAGCUUACUUGAUUUCCAACUAGAAAACGGAAACAUAUCCAUUGUCUGUUGUGAUGCUAGAAUAGCAUGUGGAAAGACCAUGAAGAAUGAGCUCGUAGAGAAGCACUACAAACAUGGGAGCAAGUUUCUGACUUCAUUUCCAGAUGGAACAGCACAAAUAUUCUACCCAUCUGGAAACCUAGCCAUCAUCCGAGUCCCCAACAAAAUAAAUGGCUUCAUUUGUAUCGUCCAAGCAGACAUGCCCACUGACCCUGCGAUCCUAGCAUUGCUGGAUUCUUCUGGCACAAGCUCCUGCUAUCAUCCCAAUGGAAAUGUCUGGGUAUACAUCAAUAUCUUGGGAGGUCAAUAUUCAGAUCAAGCUGGCAACAGAGUAAGGGCUUGGAAUUGGUCCAGUUCUAUGCCUUCCUCACCCUUUGUUUCAUUUAAGCCUGUCUUUCUGGCUUUGAAUCAUUACAUUGGAGUUCACAUCUUAGAACAAGACAAGAUUUCAAUCACUUUUCUAGCAAUGGGCCAACAGGCAAGAAUCAAUGUCGGGACCAAGGUGAAGCUGACUCACCCCGAGAAGAUUCCAGCUCUCCGAUACCUGAGUGGGGAUGACCUUCUUCUGCUGGCCAACUUAAUAAAGAUUCGACGCCUGUUUCACAAACUUGAAGGAUGUGUGAAUUUUCCCUCCAGCCAGGUUUGGGAAAAAUUAAAGCAACCUUCCUACCUUUCUUCACUUACUCUAAAACUAAUUGCCCUUUGUCACAAUUCUGGUGUAAGGCAAGAUAUAAUAAGAACAAUAGCAGCUAUAAUAAAUGAAAACAUUUAAUGCUGGCA